AUGAUUUUUAUUCUGUAUCUAGGGAUUGUGUUUGGGGAGAUAUUCAGCAUGAAGAAGCGGAAGAGCAUGGAGGUGGAGCUUGAUGUGAUUGAGAACAAGAUAUGCAAAGGAUAUCUGAAGCCGAUUGAUUUUAAGAAUGCGACAUGUAAGGUACUGCUGGAGUCUGAAGAGGGGCACGAGUAUCUGUCGAACAUGAAGCUGUCUACAGAUAAUGAGACGCAUUUUUCAUUCAGUAUUAGCUCGCCAAAGACACUAAAUAUGACAUUGGUGCCUGUGGUUCUUGAUGAAGAGAAGCCGCAUGUGUUUGGAGAUGUGGAGUUUGAGUUUAGUGCGCAGUUUGACACGUUUAAGAAGGAUGUUGCAAAGAAAGUGAGUGUUGAGCCAGCAAUGGCCGCGAUGACGAAGCUGGAUAACCUGUUGUAUGACUUGAUCAGGCAGUCUGAGGAGCUGGUGCGCAGCAUACGGGAUGUUGAUUACAAGCACAAGGGGAUGUUUUCGUUUGUGUCUGCGUUUUCUGUUGUGAUUCUGAUGAUACAAUUUGCGGGGAAUUUCUAUGAGCUGUACUCGCUGCGAAAGUUUUUCCAGAAGAAGAAGAUGAUAUGA